GUUUUGUUGUUUGUUUUGGAAAUGUGCAAACAGCUGUAUAUGAGUUACAGAACAAGACUUACCAUACACACACAGCAUCAUCUCAUCAACAAAACCCAAACAAACAACUGUAACCAACUUCUUUUACCCGUUUUUGUGUCUCAAUUUUCAGUUUCCAACAGUACUAGGUUGUCUUAAACAGUGUCUUCAGUUUCUGUCCUAACUUUUUCUAGCUGAAAUCAACUAGCAAAGACAAAAACUCACAAAGUAACAUCUUUUUGAGUGAAACGUUUGAUUUGGCUUGGUGGGUCAGUUUCAAGUUUUGAUUUUGUUAAGGUAUAGUGUGGUGCAUAGACAGAAGAGAAUCUGGGAGGUGAUUGAUUGGUGUGAACGGUGAAGUUAUGGCUUUUUUCAAGGUUUUUUGUUGUGGAAUUGCUUCGGAUCGUAGCGGACGGGGGAAGAAACAGCCUCCAUGGCGGGUGUUCUCUUUGAAGGAAUUACAUUCGGCUACGAAUAAUUUCAACUAUGAUAACAAGCUUGGCGAAGGAGGGUUUGGAAGUGUGUAUUGGGGCCAGCUUUGGGAUGGAUCACAAAUUGCAGUGAAAAGAUUGAAAGUUUGGAGCAACAAAGCCGACAUGGAAUUUGCUGUUGAAGUUGAGAUAUUAGCAAGAGUGCGACACAAGAAUCUUCUUAGUCUACGUGGCUAUUGUGCUGAAGGCCAGGAACGGCUUAUUGUAUACGACUAUAUGCCGAAUUUGAGCCUACUGUCUCAUCUUCACGGACAGCACUCAACAGAAAGCCUCCUUGAUUGGAAUCGACGGAUGAAUAUCGCAAUCGGGUCUGCCGAGGGAAUUUUAUACCUUCACGUCCAAGCAACACCGCAUAUCAUUCAUAGAGACGUCAAAGCAAGUAACGUGGUGUUGGAUUCGGAUUUCCAAGCGCGUGUUGCUGAUUUUGGGUUUGCCAAGUUGAUCCCCGACGGAGCAACACAUGUGACUACAAGAGUUAAAGGCACCCUUGGCUACCUUGCCCCAGAAUAUGCUAUGUUAGGCAAAGCAAACGAGAGCUGUGACGUCUACAGUUUCGGUAUUCUCCUUCUAGAACUCGCUAGCGGCAAAAAACCACUUGAAAAACUAAGUUCCUCAAUGAAACGAUCGAUAAAUGAUUGGGCACUACCGUUAGCUUGUGAGAAAAAAUUUAGUGAACUGGCGGAUCCAAGACUUAACGGUAACUAUUCUGAAGAAGAGCUUAAAAGGGUCGUAUUAGUUGCUUUAAUAUGUGCUCAGAAUCAACCGGAGAAGAGACCAACGAUGCUCGAGGUGGUGGAUCUUCUGAAGGGUGAGUCGAAAGAGAAGGUUUCGCAGUUGGAGAAUAAUGAACUGUUUAAGAACCCUCUUGCUGUUGGAAAUAACGAUGAGAUAUUCGUAUCAGCAGCUGAAGGGAGUUCAGACUUCAUCUCAGAAGAGAAGGAUUCGAAACAUGAGAUGGAAGAGAAUAAAGAACCAUGAUUAUUGUAACAAACAGAAACAUGGAAUUAUGAAUUUAUAUGGUUUGUGAAGGUUUUCAGGAUUUCUUUUUUUUGAAUUAUUAUUUUAUUUUUGGCACCUGUUUAUUAUAUAGCAGCCAAUUGUUACAUGUUUGCGUCUAUGAAUGAAUGUAACUAUGAACCAAGCAAAAGUAUGUGGAACUAGAGAUUUGAUAUGUUGAAGUACAGAAUGUGUGAAGUUUGCAGAAAUUGUAAGGAAACAUUUUCUUUUCUUGGCUUA